UCCCCCUCCGCCCGGAAAGGCUGGAUUCUUUGACUCUUGCGCAGGACCGCGAGAUAGUUCCGCUUCCGGCGGGGAUCUUUUUCCCCCUCCUCCGUUGCUGGUGUUCGGUUGUCGCGGUUGGUGGGCUGUAACGGAAUCAGGAUGCUGCGGAAUCUGCUGGCUCUUCGUCAGAUUACCCAGAGAACCAUAAGCACUGCUUCACGCAGGCAUUUUGAAAAUAAAGUCGCAGAGAAACAAAAGCUGUUUCAGGAGGAUAAUGGAAUUCCAGUGCAUCUAAAGGGUGGGGUCGCUGAUGCCCUCCUGUAUAGAGCCACCAUGGUUCUUACAGUUGGUGGAACAGCAUACGCCAUAUAUCAGCUGGCCAUGGCUUCGUUUCCCAAGAAGCAGGAUUGACCUGAGUCGUCCCAGAAACCAUUCAGUUCAGUUGCAUUCAGCUCUCUAUGGACCAGUAAUGUGAUAAAUAAAUGAGCUCUUCUUUGGGGAUCAAUAUUUAUUGACUGGUACUAACUGCCACCAAUAAAGCAGUCUUUACCAU